AUGGUUGCUUUCUGGGAGAUGUUGGGUGUUGAUGUCGAUGUUGGGCCAACUACUGAACAGAUAAUAGCAGUAUUUGGGAGAUGCAAAGAGUGGUCUCGGGAUGAUCGCAUGCGGCACAGAUACCUUGCCAUCUUCCCUGGAUUCAUUAAAGGGAGAAAGUACUCAACGCUACACGAGCUAGUCUUGCAAGGUGUGGCAUACUAUGCUCUGCCAGAAUUUGGUGCUAGUUAUGGGAAUCCCAUACCAAACAGACAGUCUCCGGUGUUGAUGGCUUACAGGGGUGAGGACUCGGCCGCGGAGAACAUAGUCAAAGUCAUGUUUAAUGCGAAACCUAGAUGUAAGUGGACCAUGGAUUGCUGGGAAGUCACCGGUACUAAGCCGAGUGUGAAGAAGGAAGUGAGUGCAGCGGAGACAGAGAGUGGUGUGAAGGGAGAAAGUGGAAGACCUCGGAAGAAAGCUCGUAAAGAGAAGUCCGUUGAGGCACGUGCAAAGGCUAGUAAAGGGCCUCCUACAGAGAGGGACAUAGCUGAUGCCAUGAGGGAUGGGUUUGGGAUGUGUCUUAAGGAGAUCAAGUUGCUGGGGGAUAGGAUGGAAGCUGUGGAGAAGAAGGUGGGAAACACCAAAAAAGGGACUGCAUCUAAUGAUCUUCAAAUCACAGCUUCAAGUCCGCCUAAACGUGGCCACGAACCCGGGAUGUACAGCAGGGGGAAGCUAGAAGGCAUACAAAGAAUGCUAAGGCUAUGGAAUAUGUCCAUGGAAAGAUUAAACAACACUGCCAAACUGAUCAUUCCAAACAAAAGGGUUGGCCAAGGCUAUGAUCCUUUUGCACACAUUGACAAGAAGAUGUCGAAGGUGCUCACUGACUGGGUGAAACUUGAUCCGACUGAGCAUUGGAUUGCUAUAUGGAUCUCGAUUCCUAAAAAGCACAUAGUCGUCUGGGACAGCAUUAUAUCACAUAUUAGCCGUGAAGAUCUCGAUGUGAUCGAAUGUCAUGCUCUUGGGAUGUCAUUUCCUCCAGAGUUUUGUAAUAAGAACGCGAAGGCUAUAAGGGAGAAGAUGGCGUUGGAUAUAUUUAAGGAGACUCCUGGAUGCCAUUCAAAAGAGAACGAAGACAAUGAUGAGAACAUGGGAACUUAA